GAGAGAGAGAGAGAGAGAGAGAGAGAGAGAGUUUUAGUGGCCUUUUGGUUUCCUUUUCAGUGCUGCAUUAGUUUCUCCUCCUCCAAUCAAAGAAAAGAGAGAAGAAGGAAGAGGGUUUAGGGGAAUGCCUGUUAUGUUUCGAGGGUUUUAGGAUUUUGGAUCUGCAAAUUAAACCCCAACAACUUGGAAGUGCUUCAAACUUUGUGAGAGAAAAUAUGAGAGUGGCAGUGAUUGGUGCUGGGAUUAGUGGUUUGGUUUCGGCUUAUGUUCUUGCAAAAGAAGGGGCGGAGGUGGUGUUGUUUGAGAAGGAUGACUACUUGGGCGGCCAUGCCAGGACUGUCACAUUUGAUGGCGUUGAUUUGGACCUUGGCUUUAUGGUCUUCAAUCGUGUAACCUAUCCAAAUAUGAUGGAGUUGUUUGAGAGACUUGGAGUUGAUAUGGAGACAUCUGAUAUGUCCUUCUCAGCGAGCUUAGACAAAGGGCAAGGCUGUGAAUGGGGCAGUCGAAAUGGCUUGGCAAGCUUGUUUGCACAAAAGAGGAACUUGUUCAAUCCAUACUUUUGGCAAAUGCUUCGAGAAAUCACCAAGUUUAAACACGAUGCAAUCAAUUACCUUGAGGAGCUCGAGAACAACCCGGACAUUGAUCGCAAUGAAACCUUGGGGCAGUUUAUCAAGUCACGAGGCUACUCUGAAUUAUUUCAGAAGGCUUAUCUUGUUCCAGUAUGUGGUUCAAUCUGGUCUUGCCCUUCAGAAGGGGUUAUGAGCUUCUCAGCCUUCUCUGUUCUCUCAUUUUGUCGAAACCAUCAUCUACUUCAGCUAUUUGGCCGCCCACAGUGGCUUACUGUCAGAUGGCGUUCACAUUGUUAUGUCAAGAAGGUCAGACAAGUGCUGGAAAGUAAAGGGUGUCAGAUAAGAACUAGCUCUGAGGUACAUAGGGUUUCCACAACCGAUGAGGCAGGUUGCAGUGUACUCUCUGGUGAUGGUUUGGAGGAAAUAUAUGAUGGCUGCGUAAUGGCUGUCCACGCCCCAGACGCUGUGAGAAUACUAGGAGACCAGGCAACAUCAGAUGAGUUGAGAGUACUCGGUGCUUUCCAAUAUGUAUACAGUGAUAUUUUCCUGCAUCGUGACAAAACUUUAAUGCCCCAAAACCCAGCAGCAUGGAGUGCAUGGAAUUUUCUCGGAAGUAAUGGCAACAAAGUAUGCUUGACAUACUGGCUCAAUGUGCUUCAGAACAUUGAUGGAAAAGGUCUACCAUUUCUUGUGACUCUCAACCCAGAUCAUACACCAGAACAUACCUUGCUUAAGUGGUCAACAAGCCAUCCAGUCCCAUCUGUUGCUGCGUCAAAAGCUUCAGUGGAGCUUCAUCGCAUUCAAGGAAAGAGAGGAAUUUGGUUUUGUGGAGCAUACCAGGGUUAUGGCUUCCAUGAGGAUGGACUAAAGGCUGGAAUGGCUGCGGCACACGGUAUGCUUGGAAAAGGAUGUUCCCUCUUGAGCAACCCAAAACACAUGGUUCCAUCACUGACAGAAACAGGGGCACGCCUUUUUGUUACUAGGUUUCUUAGACAUUAUAUAUCUACUGGAUGUUUAAUUUUAUUAGAGGAAGGAGGUACAAUUUUCAACUUUGAGGGAACCAGAAAAGGGUGUUCUCUAAAAUGUGUUCUUAGAGUUCAUACUCCUCAGUUUUACUGGAAGGUAAUGACACAGGCUGAUUUAGGCCUUGCAGAUGCAUAUAUCAACGGGGAUUUUUCUUUCAUUGAUAAAGACAAGGGCCUUCUAAAUCUUUUUAUGAUUCUCAUUGCCAACAGAGAUUCAAAUUCUUCUGACUCAAAAUUGAGCAAGAAAAGGGGAUGGUGGACGCCAUUGUUAUUCACAGCUAGUAUAGCCUCAGCAAAGUACUUCUUUCAGCAUGUUUCAAGGCAAAAUACUCUCACACAGGCACGCAGGAACAUCUCUCGUCAUUAUGACCUGAGUAAUGAUCUAUUUUCGCUGUUCUUGGAUGAAACAAUGACAUAUUCCAGUGCUGUAUUUAAGACUGAAGAUGAAGAUUUAAAGACUGCACAGCUAAGGAAAAUCUCUCUUUUCAUUGAAAAGUCUAGAAUUGAGAAGAACCAUGAAGUUCUAGAGAUCGGAUGCGGUUGGGGAAGCUUAGCUAUUGAAGUUGUCAAACAAACUGGUUGUAAAUACACUGGCAUCACUCUGUCCGAGGAACAACUCAAAUAUGCACAAAAGAAAGUGAAAGAUGCUGGCCUUCAGGACCGCAUCAGAUUUCUUCUGUGCGACUAUAGGCAACUUCCUAACUACAAAUACGACAGAAUUAUAUCUUGCGAGAUGCUCGAAAGUGUGGGGCAUGAAUUUAUGGACGAAUUUUUUGCUUGCUGUGAAUCUGUGCUUGCAGAUAAUGGCCUUCUUGUUUUACAGUUCAUAUCAAUACCGGAUGAACGUUACGAUGAGUACAGACGAAGUUCAGAUUUCAUAAAGGAAUAUAUUUUUCCUGGUGGAUGUCUACCUUCGUUAAGUAGGGUAACAUCAGCAAUGGCUGCUUCUUCCAGACUCUGUGUGGAGCACUUGGAAAACAUUGGAAUCCAUUACUACCAGACAUUGAGAUGUUGGAGAAAAAAUUUCUUGGAGAGACAUAGUGAAAUACUGGCUCUUGGGUUCAAUGAGAAUUUCAUCCGGACAUGGGAAUAUUAUUUUGAUUACUGUGCUGCUGGUUUUAAGACAUAUACGCUUGGAAAUUACCAGAUUGUGUUUUCGCGUCCUGGCAACACUCCGGCCUUCACUGAUCCAUACAAAGGCUUCCCUUCAGCUUCAGCAUGUUGAUUGUUCUGUUAUAUGAUCAGGCUUCACAAUUCAGCAAACAAAGUUUUGCCGGGUUUCUGUUUAUUUUUUUCUUCUUUUAUUGUUAGCAGUUAUUUUAUCAUCUGUGUUUUGGAUCGAACAAGCUUCCGUGAAAAACUGCCUAUCUCCACUACUUUUAUAAAAAAACCCAGUAGACACAAAAGUAAGAUUUUUUA